AUGACCGGGCAGGAAUGCCUGGGCUACGGGAAAGUCUAUGUGUGGACGGAAGCCAUUGACGCGCAGGGCAACGUGAAGCCAUCGUCAGGAGCCAGGCGAACGACAGUGGGCGAAAAUCAUGGUGUUGCGGGGCACCCCAGCCUGGCCCUCCGCAGCGCUCCACAGAGGUGCGCCGCGCGCACUGUUCCAGACCGCCAGCCCUCUGUAGGCACGGCCGCCAACAGUGCUCAAGCUGCUACCGACACGGCUAUGCCGGCUCUUCCCCCGGCGGCGACCCAGAGCGUCUACCUCGCGCCGAGUCAGUUGACUGAUCCCAUUUUUCAAGACCUGCCCCGAAGCUCGAGGCACUAUCUUGCUCACUUUGCCAACAGGGUUUGCCAGGACCUGGUUGCUCGUGAUGGGCCCGGAUCCAACCCGUUUCGAGAGCUCAUCCCACUGACUCGAAAGCAUCCCCUGUUGCUCAAUAUUAUCGUUGCUACGUCGGCGCUGCACUGGGCCAACAGCUUUAGCCCCAACGCGUCGCUCUCGGUUGGCAUAACUGACCCUGGCGGUUACCUAGCCCAGCUGCGCUCGAGAGAUCUAGUAUCUCGCCAGGCCGUGAUAGAUGCCCUGACAGCCAAGGAUAUGGCCAUGGUGCACCUUCGCGGCGUCCUCCAGGCGCUGGAUCCGGCAGGGAGCGAAGUGACUCUGGCAGCGAUGCACUUUUUCGUCAAGUUUGACUUGAUUGACCUGGAGCGAGGGGAAGCCAAGAGCUGGCAGGCGCACUUGACUGGCGCCAGCAAUGUCCUGGCUCUUCUGACGGCGGCGAAGCCGCAGGAUGCAACCAGCCACAAGCUGCGCGAUUGUGUUGUAGCGGAUUGCUUCAUAUAUCACAUCUUGGGCUCGACACUGGCAUCUGGGCCGUGGGCGGCACAGAUUACCCACUACGCGUUUGAGCUCUUGCCGGUCUUGAAGAGGACUGAAGUCAAUAGCUACUUGUCCUGCCCGUCUGAAAUCCUGCAGAUUAUCUUGUCUGCUUCCCAGCUCUCCUACGAGAUGCCAUGCACAGACUUGGCACUCACUUCCGCGGACAAGGCGCUCGCGCUCAUCCAGGAAGCAUGCAGCUUUGACAUUCGGGCAUGGGCCACGCAACUCCAGCAGGUAGCCAAGGUGAAGGACGUGGAAAGCCGCAUCCACGUGGCGUCGGCGCACCGUUCUGCCGUCUGCCUGUACAUCAUGCAGGCAGUGCCGCUAGCGCGAGCGGCAUCUAGAGAGGAUAAGCAGACUCUGGCCAACGUGGACAAGCAGCUACUAGUCAACGACAUUCUAAACCACUUAUCGCAGAUUGGCGAGGACGAUCCCUACUUCAAGGCAUCGUCUUGGCCGACAUUCAUCGCGGGGGCCGAAACGACAGAUAACGAUACGCGAAUGUGGACGAUGACGCGGCUGAUGGAUAUUUGGAAAGUGUGUCCCUGGGGCUACGUCUUUACCGCGAUCGAGAUGCUCAAGGCGACAUGGGAGAUGCAGGACAGACGGCCGAGAAAUGAAGAUGUCAAUUGGCUGCAGGGGUUGAAGGAAAUGGGAUUUGAGAAUUUGAUUGUAUAA